AAUGCAGUUCCUACUCGGAACGAUUUCGGACGUACGCGCUGUGGAACGGCCGCCGCAUUUUCAAAAGUAUGGCAGCUCAGAUGGCAGCAACCAAGGUUCCAGAGGUGCGUGAUAUCACCAGAAUUGAGAGAAUCGGUGCACACUCUCAUAUUCGCGGCCUCGGAUUGGAUGAUGCCUUAGAACCUCGUCAGGUGUCCCAGGGGAUGGUCGGCCAGUUGGCUUCCCGUAGGGCAGCAGGUCUCAUUCUGGAGAUGAUCAAAGAUGGGCACAUCGCCGGCCGGGCCGUUCUCAUCGCCGGCCAGCCGGGCACUGGGAAGACCGCCAUCGCCAUGGGCAUUGCGCAGUCCCUCGGCACGGACACACCCUUCACAGCGCUCGCCGGCAGCGAGAUCUUCUCCCUGGAGAUGAGCAAGACGGAGGCCCUGAGCCAGGCUUUCCGGAAAGCCAUCGGCGUUCGGAUCAAGGAGGAGACGGAGAUUAUCGAGGGAGAAGUCGUAGAGAUCCAGAUCGACAGGCCCGCUACUGGAACGGGGGCAAAGGUGGGCAAAUUGACCCUAAAAACAACAGAAAUGGAAACUAUUUAUGACCUGGGCAGCAAAAUGAUUGAGAGUCUCAGUAAGGAGCGGGUGCAAGCAGGGGACGUGAUCACGAUCGACAAAGCCACUGGGAAGAUCACGAAGCUGGGUCGCUCCUUCACCCGAGCCCGCGACUACGACGCCAUGGGGGCGCAGACGCAAUUUGUCCAGUGCCCAGAGGGGGAGCUGCAGAAGCGCAAGGAGGUCGUGCACACGGUGUCGCUCCACGAGAUCGACGUCAUCAACAGUCGAACACAGGGCUUCCUAGCUCUCUUCUCAGGUGACACCGGCGAGAUCAAAUCGGAGGUCCGGGAACAGAUCAACGCCAAAGUUUCUGAGUGGAGAGAGGAAGGGAAAGCAGAGAUCAUCCCAGGGGUCCUCUUCAUCGACGAGGUGCACAUGCUGGACAUGGAGUGCUUCUCCUUCCUGAACCGUGCUUUAGAGAGUGACCUGUCACCUGUACUCAUCAUGGCCACCAACCGAGGCAUCACCAGGAUCCGCGGGACGAACUACCAGAGCCCUCACGGGAUCCCCAUCGACAUGCUGGACCGCCUGCUGAUCAUCGCCACCUCGCCCUACACUGAGAAGGAGACCCGGCAGAUCCUCAAGAUCCGGUGUGAGGAGGAGGACGUGGAGCUGAGCGAGGAAGCCCACACGGUCCUGACCCGCAUUGGCUUGGAGACUUCGCUCCGCUAUGCAAUCCAGCUGAUCAGCACCGCCGGCCUGGUGUGCCGGAAGCGCAGGGGCACCGAGGUGCAGGUGGAGGACAUCAAGCGUGUGUACUCGCUCUUCCUGGAUGAGUCUCGCUCCUCACAGUACAUGAAGGAGUAUCAGGACUCCUUCCUAUUCAACGAGACCCAGGGAGCUCAAAUGGACACCUCCCAAUGACGUGGACUUCCUGACUGAUUUUAUACAUUUUUUUCUUGAAGGUUUUUUUUGUGUUUUUUGUUUUUGAAGAUUGACAGUAUCAGCACCUCACUGUAAUAUUCUGCCUUUCGGGGGUGGGGGGUCACUUUGACAGCUGUUUAAAAUGCUGUGAAUGGCUUUUUUAAACCCCCACUCUAGUCCCCCUGGUCUUGUUUUACAAGUUUGUGUUGCAAGCUUAAGUAUAGGCUUUAGUGAAUCGUUUUCUUCCCGUCUUAAAUGUACUUUCCUAAAAAAAACGAAUGAAAAUAAAAACUGAAACAUCUCUG